UCGGAGCGUCCAUGGUCGUUGUCGUAGCGAAGGACAACGACGACUCUUUCGCUUUUACGACGAGGACGAAAUAGUAAUCCUCUUUUGAGGCGAUUUAGAAACCCUAGUAACAACGUUUCGAUCGAAAUCGCCAAACCCUCGCCCACGCGAUGCGAAACCCUUCCUUCGAUCUACGCUGAUGCAUUCGUUGCUGCGGAGUUCGUCGAUUUUAACUCUGGAUUUCAUAUUUUUUGGCCUCUUCUAGGGUUUUUUGAUACUUUUGCUGAUUGGUUGAUGCUUGCUCAUUGGAUUGACUGAGAAGCCAUUGUAAAAUGGGCAACAAUAAUCGCAGUGCUCUUCUUAAGAAGCCAAGUGAGAGUGCCAGAUUAAUUUUUUCGGCUGUUGUUGGAGUUGCUUUAGGAUUCUUCUUUGGAGUUUUAUUUCAAACAUUCUCCAUCACCUCGCUUAGUUUGCUUCCCAACAUUACCUCUACAAUAGACAUUGCAUUUGUUGAUAAUGGCCAACCAUUUGGCCAUGAUAUUCCAUCAGCAUCUAAACAGCAUACAAAUAGAAGCAGAACUUCCAGAAGUCAUGGAUCAGGUGAUUCUUUGAAGAUAUAUGUGCCAACGAACCCUCGUGGUGCUGAGUUAUUAGCUCCGGGUAUUGUCGUUUCUGAGACUGAUUUCUACUUGCGACGAUUGUGGGGUGACCCCAAUGAGGACCUAACUACUCGGCCUAAAUAUCUUGUGACAUUCACAGUUGGAUUUGAUCAAUCAAAAAAUAUUGAUGCAGCAGUGAAAAAGUUUUCUGAGGACUUCACAAUUUUACUCUUUCACUAUGAUGGCCGGGCAAGUGAAUGGGAUCAAUUUGAGUGGUCGAAACGUGCAAUCCACGUCAGCAUAAAGAGGCAGACUAAAUGGUGGUAUGCGAAACGUUUUCUGCAUCCAAAUGUCGUUGCAGCUUAUGAUUACAUUUUUAUAUGGGAUGAAGAUAUUGGAGUCGAACACUUUGAUCCAGAGAAGUACAUAAACAUAAUAAAGAAACAUCGCUUGGAGAUAUCACAGCCAGCUCUAGAACCAAUGAGAGGAAUGAUGUGGGAGAUGACUAAGCGAAGAAGCAGCAGUGAAGUUCACAAAGAAACAUUGGACAGACCUGGUUGGUGUGUUGAUCCCCAUUCGCCACCAUGUGCAGCGUUUGUAGAAUUAAUGGCACCCGUCUUUUCUAGAGAUGCUUGGCGUUGCGUAUGGCAUAUGAUUCAGAAUGACUUGGUUCAUGGGUGGGGUUUGGACUUCGCAUUAAGAAGAUGUGUGGAGCCUGCGCAUGAAAAGAUAGGUGUUGUUGACUCGCAAUGGAUUGUUCAUCAACUUAUUCCUUCUCUUGGGAACCAGGGAGAGCGCAAGGGUAUGAAAGCAGCAUGGCAAAGGGUGAGAGAAAGGUGUAAAUUAGAGUGGUCACGGUUCCACACUCGUCUGGUGUAUGCUGAGAGGCAAUAUUUUGCCGGAUUAGGUAAAGGUUAAUGGACUAUUUUUCACGAACUUCGAGUAUUCGGCAGCGAUCUAUUCCUUUCAUCUUUAUUCAUUAUUAUUCUUUUUCUCCGUGAAAUUUUAUGCAUAUCCUUUCCACUUCCUCCUCCCCCUCAGGGGAGGGUACAGGGGAUCAUGUAGUCAUUAACUCCUGAGUUUUAACUUUUCAUUAUGAGCUGAUUUAGCUGUAUCUGGCCACUAAUCCCUGUUAAUAUUGAGAUGUACAUGACAUGUUUUCCUUAUAUUAUGUCCAAGUUUUGCUGUUGUGCUAUAUGAGAUGAUUGUAACUUAAUGAUGUGCAAAAAUCAGUUUAUUGUGUAUUGCGAAGUU